AUGCCUCCCAAGCGCGCCGCCCCCGCCUCAUCCGCUACCACGGCCCCCAAGAAGGCCAAGGCUGCCGCCGCCUCCAAGGCAUCCCCCAAGGCCGCCGCCAAGGGCAAGGCUGCUCCCAAGUCGACGCUCGAGACGGUCGGCGAGACGCUCAAGUCUGCGGGCAAGAAGGUGGCCGAGGUCGUCGACAACGCUGGCGACCUGCUCAUGGACGACGUGUCGCCCGCCGCUGAGAAGAAGGGCAAGAAGGCCGCUGCCGCCCCCGCCGCUGCCGCCUCGCCCGCCGCUACCCGCGGCACCAAGCGCAAGGCCGCCGCCGCCAAGGAGGAGAACCUGGGCAAGAAGAUUGCCAAGGCUGUUGACACUGCCGGCAGCCUCUUGAUUGACGACAUUGCGUCCGCCGCCGCAUCCGACGCCGAGGCCGCUGCUCCCGUCAAGAAGGGCAAGAAGGCUGCCGCCGCCGCCGCACCCAAGGGCCGCAAGACCGCCGACGACUUUAUGGACAAGGCGGAGAAGGCUGUCGCAAACGUGGCCGACAAGGUCGGUUCGGCGCUCAACAACGUUGUCCGCGAGUUUGGCGAGGCCAGUGGACUGAUUCAGAAGAAGGAGGAUGCGCCCAAGGCGAAGAAGACCGCGACCAAGACCAAGGGCAAGAAGGCUGUCGAGGCUGAGGUCGAGGCCCAGCCCGAGGCCGCCGAGGAGGAGGGCUCUGAGGCGUCCUUCAUCGGCGCCUUUGAGUCGGACGACGAGAUGGGCGGUGCCGACUCGUCGGACGACGAGAGUGACGACGAGGACGCCGCCGUUGCCGAGGCUGGCCGUACCAGCGUGCAGGUCGCCAAGCUGCCCAAGUCCAAGGACGACAAGGAGGUCGCUGCGCGCCUCAAGAAGGCUUCCAAGAAGAAGGGCGUCGCCGUCGGAACCGUCUUCCUCGGCCGUAUCCCCCACGGCUUCUACGAGGACGCGAUGAAGGAGUACUUUGGCCAGUUUGGUGACGUUACGCGUCUCCGUCUUGCGCGCAAUCCCAAGACCGGUGCCUCGCGCCACUACGGCUACAUUGAGUUUUCGUCGCUCCCCGUCGCCGAGAUUGUCGCCGAGACCAUGAACAACUACCUCCUCAUGGGCCACCUGCUGAGGUGCGAGAUUGUGCCCGCCGAGUCUGUCCACCCCGAGCUCUGGGUCGGCGCCAACAAGAAGUUCCGCAAGGUGCCGCGCGCGCGUCUCGAAAAGGUCCGCAACGACAAGCCCAGGACACAGGAGCAGCAGGAGCGCGCCAACGCCAACGUCCUCAAGCGCCAGGAGGAGCGGAGGUCAAAGAUCAAGGCUGCCGGCAUCGACUAUACCUUUGAGGGCCACUAG